CUUCCAUUAAAAUUCUUGUCGCGUCUCCAGUGUAAACAACCUUUUUAUCGUGAUACUCAUUCAUUUGAAUGAUCAUCUUAUAGAUUAACGCAAAGGAAGGUGCAAUGAGCAUGCCUCCCUCGGGUGUGGAAGGUGUGAUGGACGAGGCAGCCCUUAUUGAGGCCCAGAUCCAGAUGGAGCAAGAGAACAUUGACCUUGAAAAUGAUCCUGCAAAUGACCUCGGCAAUGACCCAGGGGAGCAGGACCUGGAUCUCGAAUUGCAGGAGGAGGUGCAAAUUCCCGCAGAGGUAGAUGACUACAUCAGGCGUCUACAGGAGCAGAGCAACCGAUUUGAGCAAGAGCUAGCAGAGUGUGAUGAACUGCUGGAGGAGUCCUCAAGUAAGCUAGAUAAUGGAAAUGGUGCUGUCAUAUUAUUUGAUGAUCAGAAUCUACUUACUCAAUUGGCUAAGGAGCAUGGGCUUGAUCCAGAGGCUUAUAGGAAAAAGAUCCUUGAAGACAUAGAGAAUGAUGAAGACAUACUGGAUGAAGACUUGGCAGACCUGAUUAACUUGGAUGGUGAAAAUGAAUCCAGUGCAGUGCAGGCUGAUGGUAUUCUGGCUGUUAACAUAGAGAAGGCAGUGGAAGAAGGAGUGCAGGAUGACGAGGAGCUGCCAGUCUCACAAGCACUUGUUCCUGUGGGCGGGGGAAACAAGUCGGCCCUACAUGGAAUUGAGAUGCAGAAAAUGUUGAGGGAACAGCUCCAAUCAUUGGAAAAACGUUAUGAAGACAGACUAGACAAAAUGAAGAAGGAUGAGGCAUUUAGGCGAGAUGAGGAGGAAGUAAGACAGAAACGUUCUGAUGAGGAGCGUCACUGGAAGAUCCAAGAAAUCCACCAGCAGGAACAGCAACUCCACUUAGAAAGGGAGAUGGCUGCUCGUGAGAUACAGAAGGAGGUGGAGCAGGCUGAGAAGGCCAUGAAGCUAGAAGUGGACAAAUUCCAGGCAGAAAUACAUGAGCUUGAAAAAGAGGUUGAGAAAGAGAGGGCAGAAUAUACAGUUGCCAUGGAGAUGGAGGAGCAGAGACAGACGGCCAGACAGCAGAAGGCCAUUUUGGACAUACAGAGAUGGUUCAGGGGAUACAGAGUGAGAAAAGAGGUGAAACCAUUGCUGUUGGAGAAGAUGGAGGUGCGGAGACAGAGGCGGGAGGAGGAGCGGAUACAAGAAGUGGAGGUGGAACUGGAACAAUGGAAAAAUGAGGAAAAUGAGCGAAAACAGGCACUACUCAAGAAACAGGAUGAAGAAAAGAGGCUGUUGGAGGAAGAGAGAAGAAAAACUGAGGAGUUAAAGAGGCAACAAGUGGAGGAGAAGAAGAGAUUGGAGGAGGAAAAGAAGAGGAAAAAGGAGGAGGAGGAGAGAAUCAAGCAAGAGGAGAAAAAGAGAAAAGAAGAGGAAAAGCAGAGAAAGAAAGAGGAGGAAAAGAGACGAAAGGAAGAAGAAAAAAGAAGGAAAGAAGAAGAGAAAAGGCUGAAGGAAGAAGAAGAGAGAAGGAAAAAAGAAGAAGAAAAGGCGAGAAAAGAUGAGGAAAAACGGAAAAAAGAAGAAGAAAAGAAAGCUAAGGAAGAUGAAAAAAGAAGGAAGGAGGAAGAAAAACAAAGACUUGAAGAAGAAGAAAAGAAAAGAAAGGAAGACGAAAGGCUUAGAAAGGAGGAAGAGAAAAAGAAAGAGCUUGAAAGUAAACAAAAGAUACAGGAGAGUUUAGAGGUAGACAAGAAAGAAAGUGUAGAACAAGAAAAGGUGAACAAAGAAACGGAAGAACACAAUACUGUUGAAACAAAAGAUAGUAAUGAAAAUCAUAUUAAAGAUAUAAAGAGUGACAAGAUACAUACUGAGGCUGAACAUCAUAUUCAAGACAACAAAGACGAACGGUUAACCAGUAAACCUGGUCCUAGCAGUGACAUGGAAAAUCCUAUUAUUCCAAGUAGGCCUAAAACUCCAAAAAGUUCCAGAACUCCGAGGUCACACAGAACGGUAACUCCCAGACAGACGAAACUAGAAACUACUAAAGCGGACAGUAAUGAGGCAGUCAAAGAGCCAAGCAGACCAGUGGUUGUUGAUAGCCUACCAGACCACAUUGAGGCUCUCCGACUGAGGUUCAUGAAGGACUGUCUGCCAUGGAGCAAAGUCAGUAAUGAGCCCUGGAAGUUGAAGGGAGGGAUUUCCAAGAAGCCUCUGAGAAGACCUUCAUCUGCCAAAAAGAUGCCUAUGCUGGCAGACGAUGUUAUCAUUCAAAGUGCAAGAGUGGCCUCAAUGAAAAUGGUCACCACUGUGGAGCUUCAUGACCUUCCAGGCAGUAACAUGAGCCCCCUUGGCCAAUGUUGGGGCCUCAAGUACCUUACCUUGACUCGAUGUCACCUUGUAGCCUUGGAGGGCCUCAGUCAGUGUAAACAGCUCCUGUAUGUCAACGUCAGGGAUAACCUUCUAGAAUACAUUGACCUGAAGGACGUUGGUCAGCUACAAACGCUGGAUGUCUCCCAUAACAAACUGACCAGUAUACAUGGGCUAGACGGGUGUACCAACAUCAGAAUACUCAACCUGGCACAUAACAACAUUACCAGAAUAGGUGGAAUGAACUCUCUAAGGAGACUGCACACCCUGGAUGUGUCCUACAACCAGCUGAUAAGCACUGACGGACUGGGAGCAACGCCAACAGUGCAGGUUUUGGACAUGUCACACAACCACCUGCAGGCUGUUGAGGACCUAGAGAAAUUAUGCCUGCUCGUGAAACUGGAUGCCACUGCUAAUAACCUUCAACAUGUUCCAUCCCUGGAAAACCAGGUGUUGUUGGUAGAACUGUUGUUGGCAGACAACAGUAUCUCUCAUCUCAACAACCUUGCCGCAGUCUGGCUGCCUCUUGUUAGAACUGUCAGGGUGCAGCAGAACAGUAUUGAGAUGCUGCCAUCACUACAGAAUUGUUUGGUGCUACAACAUCUAGACGUCAGCAACAAUCUAAUUCUUGAUAUUGGGAGUAUAGAAAAGUGUGUUAAGGACUGUUUCUACCUGGAGAGGCUAAAUCUGGAUGAAAAUCCGGCAGUACCUGACAUUGAUGAAAGGUUCUAUACAAAACUACGCACAACUUGCCCGCGUCUUGUUCCCUUCAGUGGUGAUGAGGGGUUAAAGACAAGCCCUGUGAAGCCGAGAACUAGUAUGGAGACCAUGUGCUUCUCCCAGGCUCACACUCUUCAGGACCUGCUCACACACUUACAUAACUCUCAUGUGUCAGAAAAACUCCCCGAAGGUACGUCCAUCUCAGAGCAUACGUGUGACAUCCAGUACAAGCUCUGUGAGCGUAUUUUUAACCUGGCAGUUGAAUACAGGUAUGCCCACGAGUAUGGUGAUGUCUCAAUCACCAUGCCAACGGCCCCACCAGGUCCAAAGUCAGGAAGACCUCUAUCUUCAAGGCAACGAGAGAAGUUCAUGAACCCAAAAGAUAUGUUUGAAAACGCGCUUAAAUCUUCAAGUGCUACCAGUAAGACUGCAGAUGGUCAACAUGAACAUUCUGAGGCUGCAAACGGGACAAACCCAAAAGACUUGUUUGAAAAUGCUUUGAAAUCUAAUCAGCAGGAUACCACUGCAGGAAAUAGCCUAAGUGUUCAUCAGAAAGUAGCUGUACAUCAGCCUCCAAGUGUUCCCAGUUAUGGUGCAUAUGAGUCAAAGAAUCUUUUUGAGCAAGCCCUUGCCUCCGCUUGUCAACCACAGAAACCCUCCCUGAUGGACACACACAGCACCUCCAGUCUAGUCAAUGGGUACCAAAAUAAUGGUGUUGACAUUUGUGAGAGGUCUGCUGUAAGGAUUCAGGCAACAUGGCGGGGCUACUGGACCCGAAAAAUUCUGUUGGAUCAGUGGACAAAUCCAUUUUUCGGGCUCGAUCCCGAACUGUUGGCUCACCUAAAUAAAUCUGCCAUUACCAUACAGGCACGUUGGAGAGGCUACAUUCUACGCAAGAAGCUAAUGGCUGCCCUGGAAUUUGCCCAGUGUGACUUUGGAGAUAGCGAAGAUGAGGACGCCAUGGAUCUCGGAGAUGAGUUUGACCUUGACAAGUUUGUCGACAUUGAUGAGGACCUCCUGGAUAUGGACUGGAAGCCACCGGAGACACCAGACAUUCCCAACAAUUACCCGGUGUUAAAGAAGCCACCCUCUGGAAAGCCCCAUGUGCCUCCCCUAGGUGACCUCGGACCUCCCAGUAACCCCCGAAAGGCAUGGCGCAACUUCGACUCCCCACUCUCAGAGAAGGGCAAAUUCCCCAGGCCCCCAUCCAGUGUGGCCUCUACAGAACUAACCAUGCGCUCUGGUGUAUCUAAGAAGGAAGAGAAACUUUCAGAGGAAUGGGGGUUCAAGAACACCAACACUGCUCAUUUGAUGAUGCAGCGAGCAAAGAAAAUGAAGUAUAAUGCUGAACGCAAGAAGAAGAUUGGGAAAUUAGACCCUAAGCAGCGACUUGCAUUGUUUCGGAAGCUUGAAGAGGUGACUGCUCCCCCGACCCACAACAUUCCACAGCGAAAAACACUCCCAAGGAAAGAGUAUUUCCAAGCCCGUCAGGAUGAAAUUGUUCGUCAGGAUAGAGAGAAGCGUGUAGAGUUCCAUACUAGAGCAUCCCGAACAUUUGAGUGGCUACACACCCAGGUCGGCGAUCAUCCCACUAAUGACUCAGUUAUCAACCAAGGGUUUACUGAGGGCCCCAAAUAUAUGCCUGCUGAGCACAAUCUGCCUGAACUACUUGGAGGAAAGAGGGUCCAACUAGUGAGUAGCCCUAUGUCAAUGGAGCUGCAGUCUCUGGAGAGUGCGAGCAUAUCUAGUCAGAAGCAGAGAAGGUUUUCUUUUGGCUCAGGUUCUGGAAGCAGCAAGCUGCCGCCCAUCCAGCCAAGUUCUGCCCCUGUGGCGGCUGUGAAGGAGCGAAUGACCUUCAGGAAUCCUAAGGUUAACCAGUCUGUCGGAUGGGGUGGGGGACGCAAAAGGGCCAAGUGAGAGGAGUGGGGGAUUAGUGGUUUGAUACUACAAUAUAUUUGUCAUUGAAUCUCGGUCAGAAUAUGAGUUUGUGAUAUCAUUCAGCAUAUUGUGAUAGUACAGUUAUUCUGAGACGUGUUUACCCAGGGGAGUUACAUGGGGCUUGUCUGUUUUGUUAUUAAUACUGUUAUGUCAGGAUCAAAGUAGCUUGAUUGUUUUGUUUAUUGUGAUAUAGCCUUUUUGUCCUUGAUUUUGCGAUGCAAAACUUUAACCUAGGUCAUAAGUCAAAAACUGUUCCAAGAUAUUCAAAUGAAUCUUUUUGUACAAAUGGUUUUAGUGAUACUUUUAAGUAAGGCUCAUAACUCUGGCUGUAAUUAUUUUGAGUUAUUCCCUUUUUUUACUGAAAACAACAACAAGAUGAGUGCUGGCAUUUGCUCAAUGGCGCUUUUGUUAAAGUUAUUUUGUAAACAUAUUAAUUGACAAUUUGCAUUCAUUCGCUCUAGUUUGUACUUAACAUGUACUGAUAUAUUAUAGAAUGUGAGAUUUUAUGUUCUUUUCAAGCUGUUUAUGUUUCGAAGAACUUUGAAGUAAUUAAUUCAGUUGAAACUAAACUUUUAAAUAAUUCACCAUUGUUAAAUUGAAAGCAGGUGGGUCUCUUCAUCUUAUAACGUCAGUGGCAUUAUGUGCUUAAUAUUACAGUUUUGUAAUCGUUUUGCUAGAUAUUUUUCAAAGCUUUGUGUGUUAAUCUCACAUUAUUUGGUUAUACAUGUAUUGUCAUGUUAGAAAUAGAAACCAUAAAAUGGUCUGUGUGUAUGUAUGUAGUAUUUAUUUUUGAUUUGUUUGUGUAAAAUGGUAUACAUUGUUA